ACUGUGCUUGACCCUGUUAUAUGAUUGUUUAAUCAGGCUGUGUGACGGUGGAUGAGGAUGUAGACCAGGUCAAAGACGGUAUCAGAGAUGGCUUCCUUAACAUAGAUCGUCACAUGCACACCCUGGCCCGCAAUGAGAGCUGGGACCACAGCGGAUCGACAGCAGCCGCUGUUAUGAUCUCUCCACGAAACAUCUACUUCAUCAACUGUGGUGAUUCACGGACCUUCCUUUGCCGCGAUGGCCAGGUGGUCUUCUACACAGAGGACCACAAACCUGUCAACCCACGUGAGAAAGAGCGCAUCCAGAACGCUGGCGGCUCUGUCACCCUGCAGCGUAUCAACGGCUCGCUGGCCGUGUCCCGCGCUCUUGGCGACUUCAACUUUAAGGAGGUGGAAUGGAGGACUCAGACCGAACAGCUGGUGUCUCCUGAACCAGAGGUGUACGAGCUGGAGCGAAGCCCAGAAGAUGAGUUCCUGGUGGUAGCGUGUGAUGGCGUCUGGGACGCCAUCGGUAACGAGGAGCUGUGUGCAUUUGUGCGCAACCGUCUGCAGGUCUGUGAUGAUCUGAGAGAGAUCUGCACACAGGUCAUUGACCUCUGCCUCUAUAAGGGAAGUUUAGACAACAUCAGCAUUACCAUUAUUUGCUUUGACGGCGCCCCCAAGGUGACACCAGAGGCACUGCAACAGGAGGCAGAGUUAGAGCGCGUCAUUGAGCAAAAAGUGGCAGAGAUCAUUAACGUGAUCAGAUCUAAAGAUGAGGAACCUGACCUGCUCUAUGUGAUGAAAUUCCUGGCGUCUGAAAAUAUUCCCGGUCUCCCACCAAAUGGAGGAAUCUCAUGCAAGAAAGAUUGCAUAAUUGGUGCAUAUCAAAAAUAUGCAGCAGCCGUUAGAUCUCAUGAGCCGAUGGAUACUGGCGGCUCUGAUGACUCCACCUAGUGGCAAUUAUGUUGGAGAUGGACUCAAGCCUUGAAUCUCUGUGGAUGUAAUAAUGUGAGGAGGACAUUUGUGUGCCACCUGUUUUACAGAGGUCAAAUUGUUUAGCCAAACUAUUUCUUUUUUUAAAUCAAUGUUGUGUAUUAUAAACAGAAAUGGGGGAAGAAGAGGGUUUAUCAAAUGCUUUCAUGAAGGUAAAGCAUUAAACACCGACAUCGUGUAAAGCUUUUAAUGUAAGAUAUAAAGAUUUCACUCUACUUAAGGCGAAGUGCGUAAUGUACCACUAGUGUCACCAAAUGCAAUUGUUAGUGUUUUUGAUUAAA